GAGGAGAAGAAGAGGAGAAGAGGAGCUGAGAACACGCCGGGCGGACGACUGCGGACCCUUUUCACGGCGUCCUUCACGGCCUGUUUGACAGCUCGGUAGAAUAAAGAGUAUUUAUUCUCGUCCCGGGUCUCCGCACCAUGCUCGGUCUGCUGCGCCCCCUGCUGGCCGCCUGCUGGUACCUGCAGCUGCCCGGCGCGCAGGGCUGGAUGCCCGGCUACAGCAACGGCUUCCACUACCAGGACAUCAGCAACGGGAACGGGAAAGGAGAGAUCUAUUUCAACGGGAUUCGUCUCCACGUGGAAUCCCCGCAGCUUUCAGUGUCGGCCACCAGGGGGAGCAGUGUCACCCUCCCCUGCCACUUCCACUACGAGCCCGAGCUGGCCGCGCCGCGCAGGACCCGGGUCAAGUGGUCCUGGGUGCCCGCCAACCCCACCGGUGCCGGUCCCGUCCCCUCCGAGGCCUUCGCCAGGGAAACCGAGGUCAUGGUCGCGAUGGGCAACCGGCACCGCAGCUACGGCGGCUUCCGGGGACGCGUGCGCCUGCGCCGCUCGGCCCCGGGCGACAUGUCGCUCGUGAUCAACGAGCUGCAGCUCAACGACACGGGCCGGUACCGAUGUGAGGUGAUCGACGGCCUGGAGGACGAGAGUGUGACGGUGGAUCUGGAGCUGCGGGGCGUGGUGUUCCCUUACUAUUCCCAGAAGGGACGCUACCUUUUCAACUUCUUCGGGGCCCAACAAGCGUGCCGGGAUCAGGAGGCCACGCUGGCCACGUUCGAGCAGCUCUUCUCGGCGUGGGAGGACGGUUUGGACUGGUGCAACGCCGGCUGGUUGGCCGACGGCACCGUGCAGUAUCCGAUCACGGCCCCGCGCGACGGCUGCGGGGGCGUGGACUUAGCUCCCGGUCUGCGCAGCUACGGGCAGCGGCACCGCCUCCUCUACCGCUACGACGCCUUCUGCUUCUCCGCCUCCGUCAAGGGGACUGUGUACUUCCUGAAGCACCAGACCAAGCUCAACUUCACCGAGGCGGUCCAGGCCUGCGCCGAUGACGGGAGUCAGAUCGCCAAAGUGGGCCAGAUGUACGCCGCCUGGAGGCUGAUGGGACUGGACCGCUGCGACGCCGGAUGGCUGUCCGACGGGAGCGUCCGUUACCCCGUCACAAAGGCCCGGGCUAACUGCGGCCCACCGGAACCAGGGGUGCGUAGUUUCGGGUUCCCCCCGCCGUACCUGAGGUUUGGCGUCUACUGUUACCGGUAGACGCUUUUCGACUCGACACGUGACACAAAGCGCGCCGCUGGUUUCGAAGCUCUGCUCCGGAUGGUUCCCAGUAACCGCGGUGAAUCAGCAGUUUGUUCCUUUCUGAGCUGUUUUUGAGGCCAUUUCGGGUCCAUCGCAUGCCACCUCCGUAAGACUUUUAGCUUCCAGUCAACCUACAGCGUACACCCACCACGUGAAGCCACUUGUACUCAAACUAAAACGUCUACACUCUAUGGCCAGAAGUAUGUGGGCACGCACAUAAAGAAAAAAGCAUUAAUAUGCUGCUACAGCAGCCUCCGCACUUUUUGAGGAGGCUGGCUACAAGAUUCAACCUCAUUCCCUCACAGCAGCACGAGGCGAUGAGGCGGUGAGGUCCGGUUCACUGUCGGCGGUCCAGUUCCUGAAGGUGUUGAGGUUCAGGGUCAAGUUCCUCCACACCAAACUGUGAAUUUGUACACGCGGCUGUUGUCAUGUGGAAACAGUUGGAAGCGCAUCAUCGUCUAGAAUACGUAUCUUCUGCUGUCGCAUUAAAGGGUUUCUCUUAAUUGCACCUCAAAAAUUAGCUUGGACAGCGGUGUCCACAUAUUAUUGGCCAUAUAGUGUAAAAUGUCUCAAACACAACAGCGUCUUCCCCGUAGUCUGAGCGUAGAUUCUGUUAUUUUACAGUUUUCUUUUAUUCACACAUGAUUCAUUUCUCUUUAAGAAAAUUAACUCCAAACUGAACUCCAAACUUUUGUGUUUAGUGCCUUGCUCAGGGGCACUGUGACGUGUGAGGGAGUGUGUUCCUGUCAGAUCUUUCCUACUCACUAACUGUGUGUGUGACUCUUUCUGUCUUUCUAACACUGUGAAAUAUACCCCGAGUCUUUGCCGGUCACCUUAAAUGUCUGCGUAUCCCGUUUUUAUAAAGUAUAUUGAAUCUCUUUUUCAUUUUUAAUUUUUUUGGGGGAGAUUUAAGAAGUAGAAGUGAUGAGUGAGUAUCUGUGUUGUUGUGAUAUUUAAAGUACCUUGUUUUUACGUCCAACGCGUGCCUGUUUUCUUCUCUUUUUUGUCUUCUUUA